AUGAAAGACACGGUAGAGACCAGACAGCUGGACGGCGUGCCAAUCGAGUGGACGCGUUACUGGUUCGAGUGCGAACAGCUGCCGCCGGACUGGGAGUCGUUCCACACAAUGACGCUCCUCCAGACCAUAAGCACGAUCAACUGGCUCCGGAGCGCGAUGAGUGGGAUGAGGAAGGAGGCGAAGGCAGAGGGGCAAGCGACGAAGGGAGAGGCCGCGGCCGAGACCGCGGUCAAGGUCCAGAGUGCGGGAGUCGCCCAAGUCGAAGACAAGCGCGACAACAACAUGCAGGCGCCGACCGAGAAGGAGCUGUCCACAGACGACGAGAAUAUAGAAGGUUUGCAAACACUGACUGUCCCGCCGCUUGUACACUCGAAGACCGCGAGCUCUGUGACGAGUGAUACCUUCAUAGAGUCGCUCUUUUGCAGUCCGCUCCUGCCGUUCUUGUGA